AUGGCAAACGCUCUCGCCUUUGACGAUAGUAACCAUGCUACCUCCAUGGAGGAGGGCGAUUUGAUUGACAGGAGUACAAGAAAAAAACAUAAAGAGCUGCCUGAUGAUGCUCCGGUUAACUACCUGGACAUGGAAGACCAAGAGGUUUUGGAUGGUGGGACAAGGAGGGAUGAUAAGGCGCCAGAGAAACCUGAUCUCCCUAAAUUUUCUUUUAAAAACACGUUGUUGAAUCAACAUAUAGGGACUAGGGAUGCUUGUUUUGAUGAUGAUGCAAUGAGUGAAGCAUCAUGUGAAUCUGAUGAUGAGGGAGAUGCUACUUGUCCUAGAGUUAAAAUAACGAUUCCUUGCUUACCUAUUGAAUACUACAAUGACGAGUUCCUUUUGAGAAUUGAGAGCUUGCUCGGAAAAUCUAUUAAGGUGGACCAAAAUACAAGUAUGGUGAGUAGAGGACACUACGCCAGGAUUUGCAUUGAGAUUAACAUGGAAAAACCCUUAGUGGCCAAAUUCAAGCUUCGCCGAUGUGUUAGACCAGUGGAAUAUGAAGGGCUCCACCUGGUGUGUUUCAGUUGCGGUAGAUAUGGCCAUGAAGCCAAGAAGUGCCCGGCGAGGGGAGGCUCUAGCGGUGCCGGUAAUCCUGCGGGGAAAGCCCAUGCCAACGAUCCGAUUGAUGUGGAUAAGGACAAGGGAAGAGCAAUCCCUAAUAAUCCGAUGAUUGUCAAUGAUUAUGGGGAUUGGAUGCUUGUCAAAAAAGAUAAGAGGAAUUUUAAAAAAGUCUCUAACAAAGUUCUAGUCGACAAGGAGUCUUCUAAAGAUAAAUUUUCUGCUAAGGAAAAAGGGAUAAAACCUUUGACGGACCGUUCUAAUCGAUAUGCUGCUUUGGAGAUUAAUGAUAAAAACCCAGUGAGACCUGAUGCUGGAGAUACUGGGACAGAUAUUAUUUCUACUCCUACCAAUUCUUCUUUAAUUUCGAAUAAAGUGGCUAUUGUUCCUAAACCUAGAAGAGUUGCGGAGGAGACAGAACAUGUCCUUGUUUUUGGAGGGAAAAAAUAUGCUUCGGUUUCUCGUACUGUUACCAACCGGGGUGUUUUUUCUAACCAUGACAACACUCAUGCAAAUGGUAACCUAGACAUUCCUAAUGCGGAAAAUCAAUUUCCGCAUCCCUCUGCUCCUAAUAUUGACGAGAACCUGAAAACGAAUGAGAUUCAAGAGAUGGACAUUGUUCCGGAGACUCCACUUGAGGGGGAACUGUCAAGGCGCCGCCUCCCUACCUUUCGGAGGGCUUUCUUAGAAUACAAGAGACUCUUUAAACCUGACAUCUUUUGCAUUAUGGAGCCUAGGGUGAGUGGCACUCAUGCAAAUGCUAUUUGUGGGAGGUUGGGUUUUGAUAAUUGGAUUCGAGUUGAAUCUCUGGGCUUCAGUGGCGGUGUUUGGAUUUUCUGGACUGAAAAUAACUUUAGCAUUCAGCUUAUUGAAUCUCAUCCUCAGUUUGUUACUUGUAAAGUUCUGCCUGUGUCUGGUAUUUCCUGGAACCUUUGCUUUAUUUAUGCUAGCUCCUAUAGCCCAUGCAGACGUAUCUUGUGGACCGACUUGAAGCUUGACUCUGGUGAUUUGAGUGAUGAAUGGAUGGCUUUGGGUGAUUUUAAUUGUGUCCCUUUCCAAUAUGAGCUUCAGGGAUACAGUACGUUUAAUAUUUCUGGAGCGAAACUUUUUUCGGAUUGGAUUUUUGAUAAUGGUUUGCUGGAUAUGGGUUUUGAAGGCUUGGCUUUUACUUGGUCCAGGGGUCUGUCUUCUCAUUCCCUCCAAAGGGCUCAGCUUGAUAGAGCCCUCUGUUCCCCUAAUUGGCAAUUUCGUUUUCCACAUGAUUAUGUUACUCAUCCUGCCAAAUUUCAUUCGGAUCAUUGUCCUCUGGUGGUUUCUUUGAACAAACAUGUGCACCGUAUGGAGGGUCCUUUUCAUUUUCAGCUUGCAUGGAUGAACCAUGCAGAUUUGGGGAUGAUUGUUGGUAAUGCUUUAAAUUCUUCUACUGACUUUUCCGAUUUUAUUAAGAAUUUGGCUUCAGAUUUAAGCCUUUGGAAUUGA